CCCAUCUCCGAAACAGCCACUAGGGUUUCCCACACUUGGGGUUGGCUGCUCUUAGUCGGCGCAUCGGUCGCGGGCACCCUCAUCGGCGGAGAUGGUGAAGGGGCGGCAAGGCGAGCGCGUCAGGCUGUACGUCCGCGGGACGAUCCUCGGAUACAAGAGGUCGAAGUCGAACCAGUACGAGAACACAUCGCUGGUCCAGAUCGAGGGGGUGAACACCAAGGAGGAAGUCGCUUGGUACUGCGGCAAGAGGAUGGCGUACAUCUACAAGGCGAAGACGAAGACCAAGGGGACGCGGUACCGGUGCAUCUGGGGUAAGGUCGCACGCCCGCACGGCAACAGUGGCAUCAUCCGCGCCAAGUUUAAAUCCAAUCUGCCGCCUAAAUCCAUGGGUGGAACGGUCAGGGUUUUCAUGUACCCCAGCAACAUUUGAGGAGGUGAGUCAAUGCUGCAGUGCAGAUGCUUUUCGGAAUUUGUAGCUGAGAUUUGAAGGGGGAUUGAAGCUAAAUUGUGUUCCUUGAUACUAAAAGUAGCUCGACUAGUUAUGAUACUUUAUUUGGACUACUUACUACUCGUGUUAGUUUUCGGGGUUAAUUUGCUCUUUGAACUUAAAUUGACUCCUUGCGGUUGAGCUAAUUAGAAAACAUUAGGCAGUUGUGAAAUUGUGUCUCCUUGCGGUUCCUGGUAAGAUAAUGUUGAACAGCACAGUAGCAGAUAGCGGCAAUCUACCUACAUGGAAUUUUUUCA